AUGCCGGGCGUAGCAGCAACACCUCCUCCGUCUGUCAACAGCGACUUUCCUGCUCGUCAGACACCCCCAAGCCCCUCUACAACUUCGGGAGCGACCGACACUCCAAAGACACCAACAAUCUCUGUCAUUGACGAAAAGGUCAUGAAUGGCAAAGAGACCAGGGAGAGGAGGCCACCAACGAGCCCCGCGAGCCAUCGCUCAAAGAGAGCGCAGCAUGCCGCCCAGCACCACCAAAACCACCAACACCCUGGCAGUCUCCAUUAUCGGCAGCAGAAUCAGCGGCAAUACAUGAGACCCUACAAUAGCUAUUCUAUUCAUCGCCAUCAAGCUCUUCCAGAGGAAAUUGAUCCGCUCGCCCUCUUUGUGGGCAAAGUCGGCCUUGGAAGUGGCAACGACGUCGAACAGGCCCUCUCGACCAUCUUUGAGAAGCAUGGCGAGGUGGUGGAGCUGCGAGUCGUUCGGCACAAGACCGAGAAUUGCAACUUUGCCUUUGUCAAAUUCUAUCACACCGACGCCAUCGAGUCUGCCUUGACUGAAGACGGCACCGAAGUCUGCGGUCGGCGCAUUGUGGUCCGCCGCAAACAUGUUGGAAACAGCUACAAGCGUGGCUGGCGAAACCGCCCUGAGCUUCGUGGCCCCGGUACCACUUAUCAGGGGCCGCUCACUGAACAAGAAGCCAAUCUCCAUGAAGGAGGAAAAGCACCGCAAUCUCCUAGCAAAGAGCGUCUGCCUAUUCGUCCUUUUGCUACUCAGGAGGACCAGAGCAACGACAAUUACACGAUUCCCCAGUGGGUCAACACCAAGAUCGAGAUGGCCAGCAACAACAACGACAUGCAUCACGCUUCGGGCUUCGUCCACCAGCACUUCGUGUCGUCUGGCUACAACUGUGCCAACGAGCCGCACACGCAUACUUACAAAGCGCCCUCUCAGCAUUGGACCAACCAGCCAAAAUACCAACAGGUCGCGCCCACAUUCUGGCCCCUCAGUGAGCCAGCACCGACCGGUCCACCGAUGUUCGCACUCGAUCGCAGUCAAGUUCUGCCUCAUCAAGCACAGCAAGGAGCUAUGGGUCGUUCGACGUCUCGGCAGCAAUCUCAGGCUCCACCUCCUCCUCACCAUUCAUCUCCACCGUUCCUCCCGUACUUUGUCGAUCCAAUGACGGGAGCCGCCAUGGCGGCGGGUUGCCCAUUCCCACCAUAUGGGAUGGUCUCGGCUAGCCAACCACUCUCGGUAGAUUACUACGGUGGAAGUAUACCCGCGGGUCCAAUGCCUGUGGUGAUGAUGACGCCAGCGCCUCCUAUGCCACACGCCAAUCCCGUCCAGCAGCAACUACAAGCAUCACAGGCUCAGCAGUCGAUGCCGAAGCUGGCACAAUCGGCUCAUCAACAGUCUCGCACACCUCCAAUGCAAGCAGAGCGGCAUCAACUGAAGCAGCAGCAGCAGCAGCAGCAUCAGGGCCACCGACAGAACGCAAGCAGCAAAGAGCCGACGCAACAAAGUAGCAAGAUAAUUUUUGGCAACUUCACCCAAUCGAGCGACAGCUCCUGCACGGUUGUCACAAACAGCAGCAGAGGGAGCAAAGCUGGUCCAGUACAAUUGAUCCGCGACGGAGUCGGCACUGGCCAGGGGACGGACCUGACAGGCAGCACUAAAGCUUAUGGUGCAACUCAAAACAGCGUCAUUGACAACCUCAACGAAGCACAACGGUGCGCCGAUGAAAGCUUGCCCAGCUACUCCUUGUCGGAUAUCGCCCAUUACCAGAAAGCAGGGCGCCCUAUCUACAUGCCCCAAUUCAUCGAUUGGGCGCAUACGUCGACGUGA